AUGGGUAACUCGGAGUCCAGCCAUGGCAAGAAUAAACAGAAUCAGAGACCCCCGAUGUUCGACACGGCCGUGAAGGCGUUCGCAAGAGUUUCGUCGGAUGGGAAUGUCAUUACAAAGGAGGAUUUGACGGUAAAUUUUAUUUUACUAUGUAAAAAAAAUAUAUUUAUAAGGUUAAAUAACUUUAAACGACUUUUUUUAUAUUAUCUAUGCAUGGAUAAUACGAAUUAAGAUUAGGUAGUCGAAUCAAUUACUUCUUCUCUUUGUUGAACGAAAUUUGUCCCCAAGCUCGAUUAUUCCCGUUCGUUCUUCCCUUCAAACUAUUCAACUGAUAUUGCACACUUCUGCUUUCAACUUCUCCGUGACUAGGUGGAAUAUGAAUACUCAAAUGAGUCCCCUUCACAUUCCAAGUGACUUCGUCCUUUUUCACAUCGCGUGGAAGCCAGAACUCUUCAUGGAUUUUUCGCUGAACUGUUAGGUCUUGUACUCUCCCAGCACUUGUAUGCUCUAUAGUCAGAAUUUGUUUGUCAAUGGUAAUGUUGAUGGCAUCUGGAUUGACCCCAUGAAUAGUCAUCUCGAUCUCUGUGGAGUUGUCGUGAUGUCGACGGAUUGUCGGCAUGGCGUUUACGGAGUUCAUAGGGUCCAGACCAAUCGUUGAAGAGAGAUGUAACAUCCCGGUGAGGAUAUCCCAGAUCGGCGACUUGAAGUCGAGAGCUGAAAGAUAAUUUUUUAUAUGGAAGCAGAGCUUAGUCUGUGCCUUAGGUUGUUAUUUUAGACAUGAUCUUAUAAUAUUUGGCCUAUACUAAUCAGCUUUUUAAAAAAUUGAAGGAACCUGUUUAGUCAUCAAGUAUAAUAUAUUUAUAUCUCAUAGUAUAAAGGUAUGCUUGAUCUGCUCUUUUGCAAGGACGUCUGAGGCCCCAAUAUGAAAUAUGCAAAUCCUUUUUCGAAAAGAACUGUCUUUUUUGAGCAACUUGUCUAUCACUUUACUAAUGGAUAAUACAGCCAACCCGAAGCCUUAGAUCUUCGCAUUGUCUGAGAAUACUCACGUGGCAGCCCCCAAUCGUCCUGGAAUCCAUUUUGGAUAGGAUAGGGAUGAACAACACUGGAGAAAGCUAGAAAAAGAAUGGAAGAAAUCUUAAGCAUGACAGCAGAUAGAUUUGAAGAUAAAUUGAGAUAAACCCAAUGAAACUCGAAAGAAACUGGUUGACCUUCACUUUCGGUCUUGACUCUUCUUAUUCGAGAUUUUAGAAAUCAUGUUAACAAAGUUGAAAGUUUAUCAUCACUGUCGUUUAUUUAUACAGCAGGGAUGAACAUGAUAUUUUGGUGUAAAAUAAUUUCACUGACUUCUCAAUUAAUUUGUCGUUGGCUUACUGUAUGCUUGACAUUUCAGACUCAUUUUGGAAAUCAUCUGGGUGCCAUACUUUACCGGUUCUUCGACCAAAAACCAGUGGAUCAACAAUGUUUUGCCGAGAAAUUUUACAAUCUCUACGAAAUGCGGGCUCAGGACUUUGUGGAGAAUUCCGAAUCCAUAGAGGAGUUUUGCGAAGCUGUUUUGGAGACGGUGGGAAAGUCGCGGAAUGAUGAACAAAACAACUUUAUCUCAUCUUUUUGUGACGAUGUAAGUGGAAUAUAAUUUGUGCUAUAAGAUUGGAUGGUAUAUGAAAUGACGUUGAUUUGAGUGAUUUCAGGCCCGUUCCAGUCCAACGCAAUAUAUCGAAGGCAAUUCUCCAGGUCUGGUCCACACCUGCUUAUUAGGGAAGUUGAGGAAUGGAGUGUCCCCCCUGCCAGAAAACAUUGUUUUUGCAUCCGAAUCAGAGUUACUAUCGCCAUUCCAAAUGCUGGUUCUUCAAGGAUCUCUCCCGGAAAUGGUCUACUUUCAGAAUAAGGUAAGUAUCAAGUUUUUGAUGACUUUUUAUAUUCACUUAGGUAAAAUAUUGUUCGAAGGAUGAAAUAAGGUCGUAAAAAGAUUGGAUUACUAUUUGGUAAAAAGAAAUUCGUAUUUUAGCGUCCAACCGGUGUCGACAUGCCCUGUUGGCACAUAUUAUACGACAGUGGCAACCAUGGACUGAGUGUCAAUGGCUUCGAAGGAAAGGUUUUUGGAUAUCAAAGUCCAACUGUAGCCAUUUUCAAGAUGAAUGACGGCCAGAUUUUUGUCAUAGCAAAUAAUUUGGAAUGGAGGUAUGUCUAGUACAUUUGUUGAGUUUAACUUAUAUUUUUUUAGACAUACAACCAAAAAUUUUGGCUCCUCAUUCACGAAAUGCCUGAGGAUAUCGCCAACUUUCAAGGUGUUCGAAAGUCGAAGCCCCGAGCCCAUCUUCUGCAACUUCAAAUACCGAACUUCGGGCUUCGGCGUGGGAUAUAAGGACGCAUUUACAGUGAACGCCGGCUUCGAUAAUGUGGCCGCGAUCGAGGUUUGGGGAUGCGGAGAUGAUGCUGCCCUCAAGGCACAAGCCGCUCAAAAAUUGCGACAGAGAAUGGCAGCAGAACGAAAUCAAAAAGUCCCAUUGCCCGGGAAUUGGGACGAUAAUCCGGACAAAACAGUCCUCGAAAUGGCUGGAUUCCAAUUUUCGAGCGAAAGAAAUCGACCGGAACCUCCGAUUGAUGAGUAA